GCCUUGCCUGGCGCCGGACAGCGACGCCGCGAGGCGCACGGAGUUUGUCAACCGCAUGGAGACCGCAGUGCAGGGGGCGGUGACUGAAGCCCGGAGCAGGAGCUGGAAAACGCUGAUGUACGACGCCCGGCCCUGUCAGCAUGGCUGUCACGAUGCGGUGCUGCGCGUGGCGGUCGAGACCCUCUGGGACUCUGGGAUACUUUCCUUGGGGAACUCCGACGCCCUGGCGCUCACGGUGCUUCAGGGCGCCUUGGCCUCCUGCUUCCCCAACUUGACGGAGAAAUCCGGGGCCGAGUUGGCCGGCGAGGCUCUCCUUCGCUUUCAGAGUCCCGUGCCGGAGACUCCCGCGCUUUAUGGCGACUGCACCAAGGCGCAAAAGUGUGCGGGCACCGGCGUCCAGUGCUAU